GGCGGGGCGGUGCCAUGGCGGUGGCGGGGCGCGCGGCGCGGCCGCUGCAGCUGACGCUGGCGCUGCUGAAGCCGGACGCUGUGGCGCACCCGCUCGUGCUAGAGGCCGUGCAUGAGACCAUCCUCAGCAACCGGUUCCUCAUCGUGCGCGCCAAGGAACUGCGCUGCGGACGGGAGGACAGUCGUCGCUUCUACCGGGAGCACGCGGGGCGAUUCUUCUACCAGCGACUGGUGGAGUUCAUGGCCAGCGGCCCCAUGUGGGCUUAUAUCUUGGCUCAUGAAAAUGCUAUCAUGCUCUGGAGAUCCCUUAUGGGACCCACCAAAGUAUUCCAAGCCCGAAAUAGCAUGCCGGACUCCAUCCGAGGAGCUUAUGGUCUUACUGAUACCAGGAAUACCACGCAUGGCUCAGAUUCACCAGCAUCAGCCAGCAGAGAAAUUGCCUUCUUCUUCCCAGAGUUCAACGAACAGCUCUGGUACAAGCAGGAUGAGCCACAUCUGCGCUGUGGGCAGGUAUAUUACAACACAAAGGAGCGUAUCCACUGCGUGUUCAGGGAUGAAGAAACAAAGUUGACCUGAGUUACCUGGCAGUAUGGUUUGCUGAGCAGGAUGUAGCUACUACCCGCACUGUUUGGGUCAGCCCCAUGACAAGACUGAGAGCCAUGACACAUUUUGAGGAGUGUAUGGGAGAAAGACAUAAUACACAUUACAUUGUGCUGUCUGGGAUUAUCUUAUUUAUGCAGCAUAAAGACACUGAGGCACUUUAGAAAAACUAUCUAUUGGUAGUACUCCAAUUUGACAGACACCUAGACAUGCAGUUCACAAGUCUUAAUCAUCUAUGAGUGUGCUUAUUCAUCUAUGAGUGAUGCAGGUGACUUCCUCAAAGGACUACUUGGGAAAGGGGCUGCUAGUUCUAGGCAGUCAAGGUGAGUGGCUUUGUUGAUAAGAAUAGGCCCCCAAUUUUUGACACCUGUUCUAUUCCCACAGUCCCUUAUAGAGAAAAGAGGAAAAAGGAAAACAAAAAUGUAGCAGUGAUUUUAUUAACUCUUCUGUCCUUGCCUGCUUGCAUCCAAGCUGAGAAACAAGGUUAUCUUUAAUCUUGUAUCAUGAUUCAAAUUUUAAGGUUCCGGUGGAAGGCAUAGUUAGAAGCUAUUCUCAAAGAGAAAGCAGCGUAUCCUAUGUUUGCUUUAAUCUGGGCUGACAGGCCUGCAGCAAAGCUUCUAGAGAAGUUGUAGAAGUCCUAGAGGUAGUAGGUAGAUGGUAAUCCACUGUCUGUGAAGGGUCUUUAUGUUGUGUGCUUUUGGAUUGCCUGGAGUAUGAGAUACAAUAGUUCCUGUGAAAGUUGACAAUGGUUAUUAGGGCUAUGGAUGUUAUGAAUUCAUAUUAAAAGGCCGGAAAAGAUGCAUUGAACUUCAUUGCACAGAUGCUCUAGAAGUUGCAACAGGAGUUCUUUACAUUAAGCCUUAUAGCAAAAUAUCUAAUGGCAACUCAAAGACUUCAUUGCGUUUGGACUGACUGGGCAUUGCAACAGUGAUUUUUGUAUCCUUUACAAAUUGUAUUGACAAAGUGUUCUAGUCAUCCAGAUAAUUGAUAAAAUUAUUAUAUGCUGUAUGAGAACAUGGUUUUAAGGAACACUGCAAAAUUCUACCAUUCUUGUUAUUAUCUUCCUGUAUGCUGCAUUUUGAGGUCUGUUCAUACGCGAGGUUUUUAAUCCAUUUGAACUGUGCCAUGUGAGUUUCUUACAAUACUAGUUUUUAAACAAGAUUUCAUGUUGUACUGUGUGAAGUUCUUUUAGAUAAUUUCAAAUUCACCUUAUCAAUGAAGUAACUGUAUUCAGUAACAAAUCAGUAUUUGUAACAUACUUGGGAAAGGAAGUUUGUUUAACUGCAUUCUCUGAAGUUUUGCUUAACUGACAUCAAUGAUACUGGUCACUAAAGUUUUGCUGAUUGAGUGUCCAAUUAACUAGUGCAUUAUUUGCAUUAAAUGUAUUAUUUUAUCACAGACCAACAAACCAAAGGCAAUUUAGUCUCAACUAGUUCCUUUAAGACAAUUAUGUGGAAGGUUGGGCAUCUUAAUUGAAAAAAUGUUUAAUUAUAGGAAGUGCUGCCAUAUAGCUUCCUUUAGGAGAUGUAUUAACAUUUCUGCGCCUUCCUUAUCAUUAUAUAAGAUUAAAUGCAACCCUUAUUUUGAUCCAGAUACAGAUCAAAAGGAUCUGGUAUAUAUUUCUGCAUUUUUGCAUUCAUUGCCGCUUUUUUUUCCCCCCACCAGCAAUAUCAGCAAUAAAGAUGGUGGAUCUGUGCAUGA